CUACGCCAUAUUUGUUGAAGCCGCUUUUGUGAAAAGAACUCUAUUUUGUGAUUGUGUGUUGAAAAUAAAUUGUGCAUAAAAAAUCCAGUGCAAAUUUUAACGUGUUUUUAACAGUUUUCAUAUAAAAAGUUAAUUAAACUAUUGACAAUGGCUUCGGACGAAGAAAAUGAGGAGACUUUUCAGGAAGAGGAAGAUGCUUUGGAUGAAUCGGCCCAACAAGCGGAAGUUUCUAAUGAUUCGGAUGCUCCUUUAAAACCUAAUAAUGACGAGGAUGAUGAUUAUGAUCCAGAAGAUACGCGUAAAAAGAAAAAGGGUAAGAAGCGUAAAACCAAAAAAGGAGAAGAGAAGGGGCGUAAGAAAAAGAAACGCAAGAAGAAUGAAAGUGAGGAGGAAAGUGAUGCCGUACGUGAAGAUGAUGAUGCUGAUUUCACGGCAACAUCUUCAUCUUCAAAACGUGGUCGUAAACGUAAAGAUGCAGAUAAAUCUAGCAAGGAGAAAGAAACUUCUUCAUCGGGUAUGCCCUCAGUGGAAGAUGUGUGCUCAGCUUUUAACGUAAAUGAUGUGGAAAUUGAAUAUUCCGAAACGGAUUUACAAAAUCUAACCACAUACAAGGCUUUCACUCAGCAUGUUCGACCCAUUUUGCAAAAGGAAAAUGCCAAAAUACCAGCUCCGAAACUAAUGAUGCUGGUAGAUGCUAAGUGGCGUGAGUUUUGUGAAGCCCAUCCAAAUUUACUAACCGAGCAAGCCAAGAGCGAGGAAGCUGAAGAACCCAGAUCUUCUAGAUCAUCGAGAAAUGAAAAGCCUGAUGAUUUAUACGAAGAAGAGGAAGAGGAGGAGGAGGAAGAAGAAGAGGAAAAAGAAUCUUCAGGUGGACGUCGCAAACGCGGUGGCAGAGGUCGCGGAAAGAAAGGGCGACGCUCUGGCAAAGUACCGACAUUAAAAAUAAAGUUCGGCAAGCGUAAACGUGGCAGUUCGGAUGAAGACCAGGAUGCAUCUGGUGCAUCCGAACGAGAUUCAGAUUUAGAAUUUGAGAAAAUGUUACAAAAGUCAGAUGACAGUGCAGAUGAUAUUCCUAACACAUCGUCUGCGGCAGCCGCUUCAACAAGUGCAGCUGACGGUCAAGCUGCUACUAAUGACGAUGGGACACCGGUUGUUAGGAAGAAGGCUAAAGUUAAAAUUGGCAACAAGUUCAAAAAGAAGAAGAAGCUUAAGACAACGUCUCGCUUCCCCGAUGGCGAGGAUGGCGAGCAUGAACAUCAGGACUACUGUGAAGUGUGUCAACAGGGUGGUGAAAUUAUACUAUGUGACACUUGCCCUAGGGCAUAUCACUUGGUGUGCUUGGAACCCGAAUUAGAAGAGCCACCAGAGGGAAAGUGGUCUUGCCCUCAUUGCGAAGCCGAUGGUGGUGCUGCUGAAGAGGAAGACGAUGAUGAACAUCAAGAGUUUUGCCGGGUUUGCAAAGAUGGUGGAGAACUACUAUGCUGUGAUUCGUGCCCCUCAGCGUAUCACACAUUCUGCUUGAAUCCGCCGCUGGAAAAUAUACCCGAUGGUGAUUGGAGGUGUCCAAGGUGCAGUUGUCCACCUUUAACUGGAAAAGCUGAGAAAAUCAUUACUUGGCGAUGGGCCGAACGGCCGGAGUCUGGAUCGAAAAAGAACAAAGUUAAAGUACGUGAAUACUUUAUUAAAUGGCACAACAUGUCGUACUGGCAUUGCGAAUGGGUACCAGAAAUACAAAUGGAAGUCCAUCAUCCUCUAAUGAUAAGAUCGUUCCACCGUAAAUAUGAUAUGGAGGAACCACCCAAAUUCGAGGAGACCUUGGAUGAAGCUGACUCCCGCUAUCAACGCAUACAGCGGCACAAAGCCAAAGGCGGUAUACAGGCCGAAGAUGAAGAUGAAUCUUAUAAAAAGGAUUUGGAAGAUCGUUUCUAUAAAAAUGGCGUUAAGCCUGAAUGGUUGAUUGUACAGCGUGUUAUAAAUCAUCGUACAGCCAGAGACGGUACUACUAUGUAUUUGGUUAAGUGGCGUGAUCUACCCUAUGACAAAUCAACUUGGGAAGAUGAGUCCGAUGAUAUUCCAGGACUAAAACAAGCUAUUGAUUAUUACUUGGAUUUGAGGGCCAUAUGUACAUCUGAACAACGUUUGGGUAAGAAGAAAAAGGGACGUAAGAGUAAAGCUAAAGAGGUAGAAGAUGAAGACCGUCAAGUGAAACGUUACACUCCUCCACCAGAUAAACCCACUACGGAGUUGAAGAAGAAAUAUGAAGGUCAACCAAUAUUUUUGGAUGGCACUGGCAUGCAAUUACAUCCCUACCAAAUUGAAGGUAUCAAUUGGUUGCGUUACUCUUGGAGCAAUGGCGUAGAUACCAUUCUGGCCGACGAAAUGGGUUUAGGUAAAACCAUUCAAACUGUUACGUUCUUAUAUUCUCUAUAUAAAGAAGGUCACUGCAAGGGUCCAUUCUUGGUAGCCGUACCCCUUUCAACCAUCAUCAAUUGGGAAAGAGAAUUCGAAUUGUGGGCUCCCGAUUUCUAUUGUAUUACCUACGUUGGCGAUAAAGAUUCUCGUGCAGUUAUCCGUGAAAACGAGUUGAGUUUUGAAGAGGGUGCCAUUAGAGGUGGCAAGGCUUCUCGCUUGAGAACAACUCAAUAUAAGUUCAAUGUACUACUCACCAGUUACGAAUUAGUUUCUAUGGAUGCUGCAUGCUUGGGCUCUAUUGAUUGGGCUGUUUUAGUUGUUGACGAGGCUCAUCGUUUAAAAUCUAAUCAAAGUAAAUUUUUCCGUAUUUUAAACUCUUAUAAUAUUGCUUACAAGUUGCUAUUGACUGGCACUCCGUUGCAAAACAAUCUGGAGGAAUUGUUCCAUUUACUUAACUUCUUGUCACGGGACAAAUUCAACGAUUUGAACGCUUUCCAAAAUGAAUUUGCUGAUGUUUCGAAAGAAGAACAAGUUAAGCGUCUACAUGAAAUGCUGGGACCACAUAUGUUGCGUCGUUUGAAAGCUGAUGUCUUAAAGAAUAUGCCUUCCAAAUCGGAAUUCAUUGUAAGAGUUGAAUUGUCGGCUCAACAAAAGAAGUUCUACAAAUUUAUUUUGACUAAAAAUUAUGAAGCUUUGAAUUCGAAAAGUGGCGGCAACUCUUGUUCUCUCAUUAACGUAAUGAUGGAUUUGAAGAAAUGCUGCAACCAUCCUUAUCUUUUCCCGUCGGCCGCCGAAGAAGCCACCACCACUGCUGGAGGUUUAUAUGAAAUCAAUUCCCUAAUAAAAGCUGCUGGUAAAUUGGUUUUACUUGCAAAAAUGCUGAGACAAUUAAAGGAACAAGGCCAUCGUGUCUUGAUUUUCUCGCAGAUGACGAAAAUGUUGGACAUACUUGAGGAUUUCCUUGAAGGAGAGGGCUAUAAAUAUGAACGUAUUGAUGGUGGUAUCACUGGUAAUUUGAGACAAGAAGCUAUCGAUCGUUUUAAUGCACCGGGUGCUCAACAGUUUGUGUUCUUAUUGAGUACACGUGCUGGAGGUUUGGGUAUUAAUUUGGCCACAGCAGACACUGUUAUUAUUUACGACUCUGAUUGGAAUCCUCACAAUGAUAUCCAAGCCUUUUCCAGAGCCCAUCGUAUUGGCCAGGCCAAUAAGGUUAUGAUCUAUCGUUUUGUUACUCGUAAUUCGGUAGAAGAAAGAGUUACCCAAGUAGCCAAACGAAAAAUGAUGUUGACCCAUUUGGUGGUACGCCCUGGUAUGGGUGGUAAGGGAGCAAAUUUCACUAAACAAGAAUUGGACGAUAUAUUGCGUUUUGGUACCGAAGAACUCUUCAAAGAAGACGACAAAGAAGAAGCCAUUCAUUAUGAUGACAAAGCCGUGGCCGAGCUAUUAGACAGAUCUAACAAGGGUAUCGAGGAAAAAGAAUCCUGGGCUAACGAAUAUUUGUCAUCAUUCAAAGUGGCUUCUUAUGCCACCAAAGAAGAAGAGGAAGAAGAAGAAACAGAAAUCAUUAAACAAGAAGCUGAAAACUCCGAUCCAGCGUAUUGGGUCAAACUCUUGCGUCAUCACUACGAACAACAUCAGGAGGAUGUGGGUCGUAGUUUGGGCAAAGGAAAACGUGUGCGCAAACAAGUCAAUUACACCGAUGGAGGAGUUGUGGCCGCCGAUACAACACGUGAAGACACUAACUGGCAAGACAACAAUUCGGAAUAUAAUUCUGAUUAUUCUGCCGGUUCCGAUGAAGAUGGAGGCGAUGAUGAUUUCGAUGAGCAAAAUGGCGGAGAGGGACGUAAAGCACGUAGACGUGUUGAACGGCGAGAUGAUAGGCCAUUACCACCUCUGUUGGCUCGUGUUGGUGGAAAUAUAGAAGUUUUAGGUUUCAAUGCCAGACAACGUAAGAGUUUCUUGAAUGCCAUCAUGCGUUAUGGCAUGCCGCCGCAAGAUGCUUUCAAUUCGCAAUGGCUAGUUCGUGAUCUGAGAGGAAAAUCGGAGCGCAAUUUCAAGGCAUAUGUGUCUCUAUUCAUGCGUCAUUUGUGUGAACCAGGAGCUGAUAAUGCCGAAACAUUUGCUGAUGGUGUACCCAGAGAAGGAUUAUCCAGGCAACACGUUUUAACACGCAUUGGUGUCAUGUCCUUAAUACGUAAAAAGGUGCAGGAAUUUGAGCACAUUAAUGGUUACUACAGCAUGCCUGAAUUGAUUUUGAAACCAUGUGAACCGGUCAAAAAGGAAGAAGGUGGAGAAAAUGUUGUCAAGCCGGAAGAUAAAAGUGCAACUACUAGCACCAGUGCUACACCAGCUACUAGUGCUGCACCCAGUCCAGCUCCUGCCUCAGAAAAAGCUGACGAAAAAUCCAUCAAUGCCGCCAGUGACAAAAGUGACGACGUCAAAAAAGAAACGGAAUCCGAAGAAAAGAAAACUAGCGACAAAGAUGAGGAUAAAAAUGAAGAAAAGCUAGAAGUCACGGCUGAUGUCAAAGCCGAAAAGUCUGAAAAAGACAAGGAAUCUGAGUCAAAAGAUGUUAAAACAGAAAAGUCCGAAGCCGGGGACAACACAGAAAGUGACAAACCUAAGGAUGAGAAGAAAGAAAUCAAGGAGGAAGCGAAAAAAGACGACAAAGUGUUGGACAAAGGAGACGAUGACAAAACAACAGAAAUCAUUGACGAUGAUGACGAUGAUGUUUUAAUCAUUAAGGAUGAUGGUGAAGUAGAAAAGCCGAAUAGCUCUAUGUCUUUGAAUAAAUCAUCUAUUGACAAGGAUCCCAAGGAAACCAUUAGCAAGCCCAAGAUUGAAGAAAGUUUGGAAGUAUUAAAACGUAAAUUUAUGUUCAACAUAGCUGAUGGUGGUUUCACCGAACUCCACACUUUGUGGUUGAACGAAGAAAAGGCCGCUGUUCCUGGCCGUGAAUAUGAAAUUUGGCAUCGCCGUCAUGACUAUUGGCUUUUGGCUGGUAUUGUUACUCACGGUUACGGCCGCUGGCAAGACAUUCAAAACGACAUUCGUUUUGCCAUUAUCAAUGAACCAUUCAAAAUGGAUGUCGGUAAGGGUAAUUUCUUAGAAAUUAAAAAUAAAUUCUUGGCCAGACGUUUUAAGUUAUUGGAACAAUCGUUGGUAAUUGAGGAACAGUUACGAAGAGCAGCCUUCUUGAAUUUAGCUCAAGAUCCUAACCAUCCAGCAAUGUCGUUGAAUGCUCGCUUCGCUGAGGUUGAAUGUUUGGCCGAGUCUCAUCAACAUUUGAGCAAAGAAUCAUUGGCUGGCAAUAAGCCUGCUAAUGCUGUUCUGCAUAAAGUGCUAAAUCAAUUGGAGGAACUCCUUUCUGAUAUGAAGAGUGACGUCUCGCGUCUACCAGCCACACUGGCACGCAUUCCACCUGUUGCCCAACGUUUGCAGAUGUCAGAGAGAUCAAUUCUCUCGCGUUUAGCUGCAACAGCAGGAAACGCUAGCAAUGCCGCUCAACUAAUGGCUCAAUUCCCCGCUGGAUUUCAAGGCACUACUCUACCAGCGUUUACGGGUGGACCCGCUGGUAACUUUUCUAAUUUCCGACCUCAAUUCUCUGUACCCGGUCAACUGUCGAAUAACACUAGUGGUGUCAAUCCGUCUGGAAAUUAAAUUUAUCUAACAAAAAAUAUGCUAAUAAAAUAUGAUACUUGAGUUUUAGUUUCGUAUUUAUUAAUAUUUUAAUAUACAUACAUAUAUAAUAAUAUUUUAAAUAAUUUGCACAAAUUGUGCAAGAAAUUUUACAAUAUACAUACAUAAAUAAUUUCGUUUAAAUGUAGUUAAUUUUGAUUUAAUAUCUAUACAUUUCAUUUUAUAAUUUAAAUAUCCCAUUUUAUAUUUAUAAUUUUAUAACAAACAUUGGAUUAGGCGUUUUUUUAAAUCUCCUUUCUUUCAAUUGUAGAACAUACAUUCAUACAUUUAUGAUUUCGUAAAUAAAAAAAACAAAAAUCUAUAUAAACAAUAAAUAUGACUAAUCAUGCCCAUAUUAAGCAUUCGGAACGUAACUAAAAAUCAGUUAAAAAAAUAAAGCAGUUUUAAUUUUAUUAAAUAGUGCAGUGAAAUCUUUAUUGUACUCUAAAAUUCAAUCACCAAGUGAAUGUAUUUUCAAACAAAUAUAUGUAUGUAUGUUUGCUGUACUAAAGAUUAAGCUACACAUUUGAAAUAAAAUCAAAUUUUAGAACUGCAAACGAUCAAUUCCUAUACAUAUUAUAAAUCUCCAAAAAAAUUACCAAUAAAUUAUCCAAAAACUACGAAUGAAA